AUGACUUCCAUUUCCAAGGCCGAACAAGGGAUGCCAACCACUAUCAUCCAGACCCGGGAUGAACCACCAUCCACAAGCAAAGAAGGCUCUGGUUCGUUCUUUCGCCGGACACUGUUCCAAAUUCUGAUCGUGGGACUUUGUGCCUUCUGUGCCCCGGGGAUAUGGAGUGCCAUGAACGGUCUGGGGGUGGGCGGGUCUCAGAGCCCCGAUCUCGUCAACGCUGCCAAUGCGCUUCUCUAUGCCUUCAUGACGAUCACUUGUUUGGCAGGCCCGUGGGUCACCAAUGCCAUCGGCUUCCGCUACACGCUGGCACUGGGCUCGAUCGGGUACCCGCUAUAUGCGGCCGGUCUGUAUUUGAACAAUCGCACUGGAGCGACGUGGCUCGUCUACUUCGGCGCCGUCACCUGUGGCAUCAGCGCGGGAUUCUUUUGGAGUGUCGAGGGAGCGAUUGCGACGGGCUACCCGGAACAGCACAAACGCGGUCGUUAUAUUGCGACGUGGUUUACUUUCCGGAAUUUCGGUAAUGUGAUCGGUGGCGCAGUUGCUUUGGGGAUCAAUCAUAGCGUGGAUCACCGUGGCCAGGUAGGAUACCAAACAUAUUUGGCCUUCAUCGCUAUCCAGUGUCUCGGCCUGUUUAUCGGACUCUUUCUAUCUAAUCCCGAGCAAGUGCAGAGAGAUGAUGGCACCAAGAUCGAAGCCCCCCGAGGCAUGCAUUGGCGCGAUGAAGCCGACGCCAUGUGGCGAUUGGCGAGGAGCAAAUCUAUUCUGCUUCUAGUGCCUCUUUUUUGGUAUUUCGGAUGGGUUCAAGCUUACCCGGGCACGUAUCUUGCCACAUACUUCACGGUGCGAUCGCGCGCCCUCGGCAGUUUUAUGAGUGCCGUGGUGGGCACACUGGCCACCUGGCUUGGGGGCUCCCUGGUGGAUCUCCCAUGGCUACGGAGCCGCAAGGCACGAGCUGUUUUGGUAUAUUGUCUAAUCGCCCUCUUGAACAGUGGUACCUGGAUCUGGGCCGUGAUUAUACAGGACCAAUACCGGCAUACCAACCCCGUUCUGGACUGGAGUGACCAACGAACCUUCGGCCAAGGCUUUGGGCUCUAUCUUUUGAGAGGAUCAGUCAGGAUUCGAUACAGCUCAUUGCUGAGGGGCAUCGAGACGGCAGGUGUGGCAGUAGGCUUCGGAGUUCAAGCUGUACCAACUGCCCUCAUUGCCACAGCGAGUAUCAAUUUGGGUCUUUGGUUUUUCGCAUUGCCGUUCAGCUAUUAUGCCACACUGCAAGUGGUUAAUAAGUUUGAGAGCUGGGCCCGAGUCUGA